AUGGACCGCGACUUUUACUCCUUCGUCCGCUUGUCGGACCUCGACCUCAACCUCACCUUCCGCAUAUCCUCGCUGCAAGGCACACUCGACCGCAUCUCUCGCACACAGCUCCUGGAGAAGCCAGAAGCACGACACUGGGGUACACAACAUAGCAAGUUCCCGGACCUCAUCGUGGAAUGCCGACUUUUUUCCGACAAUAAGCCUCUCAGCGUGCCAGUCAAAACAGCCUACAAACCCUUUCGCAACAAACAUCAGUGGAACGAGUGGAUCACACUACCCUACAAACUUUGCGACCUUCCACUUGGCGCUCAGCUCACCUUUACCAUCUACGAUGUCGCAUCUAGCAACACAACACGUGUCAUCGGAGGAACGACCCUGCCGCUGUUCAGCAAGAAAGGCACGCUCAAGUCUGCUCAGCAUCGUUUAUUCGUAUGGAAGGGAGUCAAGGGCGAUGGGAGUGUAGAGACUGCUACUCCAAGUAAAGUCGGCGAGAUGAAAGAUGAGAUGGGAAGACUGGAGAAAUUGAUCAAGCGGCAUGAAAGAGGUGAUCUGCCUCGGGUGGAUUGGCUUGAUAAGCUGGCGUAUCGUCAGGUGGAGAAGGUGCAUAAGCUUGAGAGCCAAUCUAGCAACAGGCUGUUCUUGUAUCUCGACUUGCCGAGGUUUGAGCUUCCAAUUGUGUUUUGCGAGGCAGAGUCGAUCUUGCCGUCAGCAGAUGCUUCAAACGGACUCGCAUCUCUGUCAAACGCCAUGAUUGGGCCUAGCUCUGGAGCGUCGAUUGGUGGCGAGAGAGCAGCAGGUCACGAGCUCGGUGGUCCUGGAAGCGUUGUCUCGACGGCUUCGAACAACCUAAGUUCAGCGGCAGCAGCAGCAGCGGCUGCAGCGGCUGCACUCUCGACAGCAGAUCCAAACCGCAUCACCUCUUCACUCUUCACCAUCUUUGACCCUGAAAUCAUGCGAUCGAAUCCAGUCGAAGCAAAACAUCGUCGACUUGUUCGAUCGCACCGAUCAGGUCCACUCGACCGCGAGCUCAAACCGUCAGCAGAAGUUCGAGACGAACUCAAUGAGAUCCUCUCAUACCCACCAACGCGAGUUCUCACACCAGCAGAGAUGGAUCGAGUCUGGUCGUUCCGUUUCUAUCUCACACGCGAUCCAAAGGGUCUCACGAAAUUCCUGAAAUCGGUUGUAUGGACUGAUCAGGGUGAGGCGAAGCAAGCUACGGAGGUACUUUUGCCAAUGUGGACUGAGCCUGGUCUCGAUGAUGCGCUCGAGCUGCUCGGACCUACAUUCAAGGAUCCUCGUGUAAGGUCGUAUGCUGUGCGUCAGCUGGAGAGAGCAGAGGACGAAGAGCUGAUCUUGUAUUUGUUACAGCUGGUACAAGCUCUAAAGUUCGAGAAACCUGUAACACAUAGCUCGGGAGGUCAGGCUGGAUCUGCAAGUGGUGACCGUGAGAGCGAGUCUCGUCGACUAUCUGCUACUCGCCCACCAGCCAAGUCACCUUCCAACUCAUUGACAGUGGAUGGCGCAGAGGAAGACAGCAGCGGUCUCGCCGAUUUCCUCAUCUGCAGAGGUGUCGCCAGCCCCUUACUGGGCAACAAUCUAUAUUGGUAUCUCGAGGUCGAAUGCGAAGAUCCGAAGACAGGAACGCUGUUCAAGGCAGUCAAGCGGAGGUUUUUGGACCGUCUUGGUUCGCUUCCCAGCGGUGCAGAGAGAAGGGAGACGAUAACAAGGCAGGCGACCUUGCUUGCUGUGCUUUCGAGACGCGCCAAGGAGCUUAGGUCGAACAGGGACGCGAGGCCAAAGAAGAUCGAAAAACUCAGAGCACUUAUUGCUGAUCCGAAGAAUGGAUUGAAUCGGUUUGACCCUCCGCUAAUGCUGCCGUUGGAUGCUUCGAUCUCGGUGACAGGUAUCGUAGCGGAUAAGAGCUCGAUCUUCAAAAGUAAUCUCUUCCCGCUCAGGCUUGAGUUCACCACUGUGGUCAACACCGCAGUGAAACCGAGUGAUGGCGAAGACGUGGAAGCAAGUGGACAUUUGCCGCACAGUAUCACAGCAAGCCUGAUUGAGGAUGACGAAGAAGGGUCCCUCCUCAAUGACGAGUCUCGCCCAGGCGGAAGCAGCAAAGACAAGGAUGACAAGAAAGCGGGCGAAGUAGGCAACUACACUUUGAUCUUCAAAAACGGUGAUGACUUGCGACAAGAUCAACUUGUCAUCCAGCUCUUCUCCCUGAUGGAUCGACUUUUGCGAAACGAAAAUCUCGAUCUCAAAAUGACCCCCUACCGUGUCCUAGCAACGGGCAGCAUCGACGGUAUGGUGCAGUUCGUCGACUCUCUCUCCAUCGCAGCCAUCCUUUCCGCUCAUCAAAACUCCCUCCUCAACUUCCUCCGUGCUCACCAUCCCCAACCGACUUCACUGUCGACUUACGGCGUUGACCCAGGGGUAUUCGAAACAUUCAUCCGCUCCUGUGCCGGCUACUGUGUCGUCACCUACCUCCUAGGCGUGGGAGAUCGGCAUCUCGACAACCUCCUUCUUUCUUCCGACGGACACUUCUUCCACGUCGAUUUCGGUUACAUUCUGGGUCGAGAUCCAAAACCGUUCCCUCCACCAGUAAAAGUUUGUAAGGAAAUGGUCGAUGCUAUGGGCGGCACACAGUCUCCGCACUAUGCGAGGUUCAAGGCGUUCUGCUACACCGCCUUCACAAAUUUGAGAAAGAACGCAAAUCUGAUUCUGAAUCUGGUAACUUUGAUGGUGGAUGCGAAUAUUCCAGAUAUCAGGUCGGAGCCGGACAAAGCGGUACUCAAAGUGCAGGAUAAGUUCUUGUUGCAUUUGAGCGAGGAUGAGGCGAUCAAGGAGUUUGAAGGGUUGUUGAACGAGACGAGUUACCUGUCGACUAUGUUUGAUAGGUUGCAUGAUAUGGCGCAGUAUUUCAGGCAGUAG